AUUAUUCUUUUAAAAAAUAAUUAGAUAAACGACUAGGUUUUACUCUUCCUUUUUCCUUUUUGUUUUUUAAUUUCUUUAUAUAUAUAUCUCCAACAAAUCGAAGCACUCACCGAAAAGCUUACUAUGUAGUACAGUACUAUCGAUAGAGUGUUUCUCUCUGUUUCAGACUUUGAGUCUCUUCGGGCACAGAAACGUUAACGAAAUCGAAAUCUAGGAAAGGUAUAAAUUGCCGACAACAAUGGCGUCGCCCGAGGCGUGGCUGUUGGAGAACGGGAAUAUCAAGGUUUUGAGCAAGGAGAUGCGGAAUGGCCGUACGGCUCACAAUGUGUCGUCUUCCUCGCUCCGGAAGAAAUCGGAUCGGGCGCUGCUCGCGGGUAUUCGGGUCGGGUUUCUGAGGAAUUUCCUCGGCAAUUUGCAGGAGGUUUUGCUGGGGACCAAGCUUUUCGUUUUUUUUGUCGCCAUUCCUUUCGCCAUUGCCGCUAAGUAUUUUCAUUUCGGAAGUCCAUGGGUGUUUGCUCUGAGUUGUCUGGGACUCAUUCCACUUGCAGAACGUGUUAGCUUUUUGACGGAGCAGAUUGCUCUCUUCACAGGGCCAACAGUUGGUGGGCUUCUAAACGCAACAUGUGGAAAUGUGACGGAGCUUAUCAUUUCAAUAUUUGCUCUGAUCCAAAACAAAGUAGAUGUUGUGAAAUACUCCCUUUUGGGCUCAAUUCUCUCCAAUCUCCUCUUGGUUUUGGGCUCCUCUCUCUUCUGUGGUGGCAUUGUCAACAUAUCUAAGGAGCAAAAGUUUGAAAGAAAACAAGCGGACGUGAACUCGCUGCUUUUGCUGUUGGGGUUGAUCUGCCAUGUGCUGCCUUUGAUGUUCAAGUUUACAGGCAAAUCGGAUCCGGAAUUAACGGCGUUGGCGACGCUGGCGUUAUCACGAGCCAGCAGCGUUAUCAUGCUCAUAGCCUACUUUGCUUAUCUCGUCUUCCAGCUUUUCACUCAUCGUCAGUUAUUCCAAGAGCAACGGGAGGAAGACGCAGUUGACGACGACGGUGACGUCGUCGUGUCGGUGGAGUCGCCGGUGAUUGGGGUGUAUAGUGCCUUGAUUUGGUUAGUUCUGAUGACCGGCGUCGUAGCGCUGCUGUCGGAAUACGUCGUCGCCACAAUCGAAGCUGCGUCAAAUUCAUGGGGAUUGUCUGUCUGUUUCAUUAGUGUGAUUUUACUACCAAUUGUUGGAAACGCAGUAGAACACGCAGGGGCCAUCAUUUUUGCAUUUAGGAACAAAUUAGAUAUAACUUUAGGGGUGGCUAUGGGUUCAGCAACUCAAAUCGCCAUGUUUGUGGUUCCUUUAAGCGUGAUAAUUUCAUGGAUCAUUGGCGUAAAAAUGGAUCUUGAUUUAAGUCUCCUUGAAACUAUUGCUCUUGGCCUGUCGAUACUAAUAACAGCAUUGGCGUUACAGGACGGAACCUCUCAUUACAUGAAGGGGUUGGUGCUUUUAUUGUGCUACUUUGUUAUUGGGGCAUGCUUUUUUGUAUCUUGGGAACCACUAAACACUGCUAACUUAGGAUCUAAUCACACGAUCAAGAAAUGGGCUGGAUUCUAGCUGGUACCUCACGAUGAGAUAUCCUUCUAUGGCGACGCAUGGGUGACAAUGUUAUUGGUAGUAUCUGUCUCAGGUUCCACAGUUGGAGAAAAAGACAAAGGCCCGAUAAUCCCUGACACGUUACGCGGCCUACGUGCCCAUAGCCGAUUGCUCAAUACAUGAGGAGUGUGUGCGCGCGUGGAGAAAAGACUAAAAUAUCCUUUUGUUGUAUUUAUAAAUAGUGGUCCUCUUUGUAUUUACGGGUUACACAUUUUUAUUAGAGCAUUUGAAAUACUA